GUACUCAGUUGGCGGUGAAGAUCAGACCGGAUUACUUCGCGUGAAGCUGCCGGAGAAACGCGUGCAGAAAGUGAAAUUUUCAUUGCAACAAUGUUGGGACGAAUGUUUGCCGUGGCCAUCAUUGUCAUGACUCUGUUGGAAAAUAUCCGAGCGCAACGGCCCUCCUUUGCGGGAUUGAGGCCACCAGGUGGACUAAGUCAGAAGGACAAGUACCACGCAACCCAGAACACAGCCGUUGAGAAUAUCACCGGAGUGGAUAUAGCUACAAGAUUCGGAGAGCCAUCCAGCUCGCAGAGGCCAGCUCUAGUCAAUCUACCCUUUGGAGCCUCCCAGAGGCCGCCAGUUGGAGUUCCCCUAGUACUGCCAAUAAGUGGGUCUGCUCCGGAGGCGGCUCCCACUGUGGCCAACCGAUUUGGAGCAGAGGACAGUCCACAGUCCACAACCCAGCCCGCCAGUUCCACAUCCGGAAGACCCGCAACAUCAGUGGCCCCCGUUUUCAGCCAGCUGCCCAUCGAUGCCCAUGGUGACCGCGAGUGGGUCAACCACUUGAGUCAGCUGCCCGUGGAGCAGCAGCCCUUCUGGUUCAUUAACUACCAGGCCAUCGAGGCCCAUCGAAAUAGCUCGAGACCGAAUGUGGGCGGCCUGGAGACGCGGGCAUCUUUCUUCCGCGGUUAACUAUUGAAAUUAAUAACAAAAAUGAGAUUUUUAAAAUCGUCGUCUUACUUACUGAAAUAUGUGCGAAUUUAAAUAUAGAAUUACCUAUUUAUUUUAUAUAAUGAAAAGGAAAAUGUGUGUUUUAGGUGGCGAUAAGGGAAUCAACUCAAAGUUGAUAAGAUUAAUGGCAUGUCCGAACCAUUCGAUUAUAUUUUAAUAUUUGUGAUGUGAUUAACAAAAGUCGUGAUGAUAGCCUCGAAGCGUUUUUAAAACCGAUUAGACAAUCGGUUCAUGAUUCUUUCGAACAUUUUAUUCAAUUUAGGAAAACCGGUACAGGCCGAGCUAAGCCCAGGUUAAAUUACAGGAAAAUAAAUGUAAGCUUUCUUUAGCUAUUAGGAGUAGGAGUAGCUAUUAGGAGGUAAUGUAGUAGUUAGUGGCUAAAAUCCUUUACUUUGAUGUCCGGAAGCUAUAACAAUGGAAUAUAUAUAAUGUACCAAUUUAAAAUUUAAAAAAUUUAAAAUAAAAAAUUAGUUAACACCA